UUCGCGCCCCGCACUCCCGGCGCCUAGAGCUCCGGCGGCGGAGCGCACCAUGCCGCAGCUGGACUCUGAAGGGGGGGGCACCGGCGGCAGCGACGACCUCGGCGCGCCUGACGAGCUGCUGGCUUUCCAGGAUGAGGGCGAGGAGCAGGACGACAAGAGCCGCGACAGUGCCGCGGGCCCCGAGCGCGACCUGGCCGAGCUCAAGUCGUCGCUCGUAAACGAAUCUGAGGGCGCGGCGGGCGGCGCGGGGAUCCCGGGGCCCGCCGCCGGGCCCCGCGGAGAGGCGGAGGUCGGGGCCGAGGCUCUCGGGCGGGAGCACACUUCGCAGAGACUUUUCCCAGAUAAACUUCCAGAGUCCUCGGAGGACGGCCUGAAGGCCCCUGAGUGCGCCAGCGGCAUGUACAAAGAGACCGUCUAUUCUGCCUUCAAUCUGCUCAUGCACUACCCACCCCCCUCGGGAGCAGGGCAGCACCCUCAGCCGCAGCCCCCGCUGCAUAACAAAGCCAGUCAGCCCCCUCAUGGUGUCCCCCAACUCUCUCCUCUCUACGAACAUUUCAGCAGCCCACACCCCACGCCUGCACCUGCGGACAUCAGCCAAAAGCAAGGAGCUCAUAGGCCUCUGCAGACCCCUGACCUCUCUGGCUUCUACUCUCUGACCCCAGGCAGCAUGGGACAGCUCCCUCACACUGUGAGCUGGCCCAGCCCUCCUCUCUACCCCUUGUCCCCUUCCUGCGGAUAUAGACAGCACUUCCCUGCCCCCACUGCAGCCCCUGGCACCCCCUACCCCAGGUUCACCCACCCAUCUUUGAUGCUAGGUUCCAGUGUACCUGGUCAUCCUGCAGCCAUCCCUCACCCAGCCAUUGUACCCCCCUCAGGGAAGCAGGAGCUACAGCCUUACGACCGCAGCCUGAAGACACAGGCAGAGUCCAAGGUGGAGAAGGAGGCCAAGAAGCCAACUAUCAAGAAGCCCCUCAAUGCCUUCAUGCUGUACAUGAAGGAGAUGAGAGCCAAGGUCAUUGCAGAGUGUACACUCAAGGAGAGUGCUGCCAUCAAUCAGAUCCUGGGUCGCAGGUGGCAUGCGCUGUCGCGAGAAGAGCAGGCCAAGUAUUAUGAGCUGGCCCGCAAGGAGAGGCAGCUGCAUAUGCAGCUAUACCCAGGCUGGUCGGCACGGGACAACUACGGAAAGAAAAAAAGGCGGUCAAGGGAAAAGCACCAAGAAUCUACCACAGAUAACUCUCUUCACUAUUCCUAGGAGGAAAAAGAAAUGCAUUCGGUACUUACCCGGAGAAGGCCGCUGCCUCAGCCCCAUUCCUUCCGAUGACAGUGCUCUAGGCUGUCCUGGGUCCCCAGCUCCCCAGGACUUGCCCUCAUACCUUCUGCUGCCCUGCGUCCCUACAGAACUGUUUUCUAGCCCUGCGGAGUUGGCACCUACACCCCCAGGUCUCUCUACUGCUCUCAGCCUCCCAGCCUCAGUGCCCCUACAAGUGCCCCACAGUGCCCUGCAGAGUACACAGGUACAGCAACAGGAAUCUCAGAGACAGGCGGCCUAGCAGGCACAAGACACCUGACUUCCUCCAGAGACCCACCACCUGAGAGGAAGCAACAGAGGCUCAAAUCACGUGGAAACUAGCUAGGGGUCCUGUGAACACCAUCUGUUUCUAGACCUUGAAGAUUUCAGAGGCUGCAACAAUUUCUGCCUGAACCUGAGGCUGUUGAUUCAAACUGCUCUGAAUGGUGGGAAUCAGAUCUGUGUUGAUGUCAACUGAUUAAGCGCACCCCUUGUACCGAUAAGCAGCCUGCAUCUAUUCUUUUUACCAUCUGUCUUGCUAGCCAGAAGCUUCUGCCUCCUUAUUUUUCUGCUACAGGCCACAAAGGGGCUAGCCUAAACCCAGCUACCUUCCCUAUCACCCACUGCCACAUGCUCCCUAUACCAGAUACUUCAUGGACCAUGAACAAGCUGGUUUGUUAAAACAACAUGUGAGCACGGUCACAACCACAAAAAACUCAAGAUGACAAUGCUUCUCUUAAGGGAAUGGAGAUACUCUGUUUACAGAAAACCAGCUGCUACUCAUAAGCUUCUUACAGUGUUCUCAGAUGCCUGCAAGAAGCUUAGGGGAGGGAACGGAAUAGGUUAAGUUUAGACCUAUCAACCUAGGCAGUAAGAAUAACCUGACACAACCCUGUCAAAGCAGUGUGGGUGGAAGGGAUAUCUGGCUCUAGCUCAAAAGAAACUCAUCAACCUAAGAAGCCCUGACCCCAAGACCUCAGGUUUGUCACUAGUCGUGACAGGUUAUAGUUGAAAAUAGUGGUGGCCCAAAUUUGACAUGCAUCCCUUCUCAUUCCCUAAGAUUUUUUUGCAGUUCCAUUUCCAGUUCAUCCGUGGCAGCCUAGCCAGCUCGUAGGCAGCUGACAGAACAAACCCCAAACUUCAGGCCAAAGCCUAUCUUCUAACAUUGAAACCAGGCCAGCUUUAAUUUCCCUAUGUGUCUGCAAAGAGGAAGACCAUUACAACUAAAGUAAGGAGCCUGGAAAACCUCUUUGUAGUGGUGAACAGGUUUUUAACACAGCCUACUUAGUCUAUUUUUGAGCCAAGCUUCGACCCUGAGCCUUGAAAAACAAGUUCAAAUUAACUUUGUUUUUAGCAUCCUCCUCACUGUACAUAGCCUGAAUCCAAAGAAAAAGGGCUGUCCGUGUACUCACACACAUCCCUCAGGAAAAGGUUUUAGUUCCUAUUUUAGCCAUUGGUUUCUCAGAACCCAAAGAUCACAUAUUUUAAUGUCACAUUGCAAGAAGUCUUGAGAAAUAAGGACCAUUGUAGUGUUUAAGAUAUUUUUGUAUUGUUAUUGCAUCAUCAUAGAAAAACUGUUUUAAACAUGAGAAUAAAGAUACUUUUUACUGGGUUUGUUUUUCAAAGCCUAACCUUGAGGAAUAAGCUAUUACAGCAACAGAGCAUGACUUGUUACUUUUCUUUAGUCAUGAAACUAGGAGUUUAUUCCCUAUUAUGGUACACAUGUUAUCAAACUUCCAACCUACAGAAGUCAAACAUUACCUUCAUCGCCUCCCUAAAGGGGCUUGGGCCCUGCCCCACAGAGUGCUUACCUUCAUUCAACCUUACUCUUUAACUCCUCAAUCCUCUGACCCCAUAACUUUGGGACCAGUCUGCUCUCCAAUGCUCAUGAGAAUAAAUGAUUGG